AUGCGGGCCGCCACGGUGCUGCCUCCCCCUCCACCGCCGCCCGAAGAGGAGCCAGACAGUGAGCCCGAGGAGCCGUCUGGUGUAGAAGGCGCAGCGUUCCAGAGCCGUCUGCCUCACGACCGCAUGACGUCCCAGGAGGCCGCCUGCUUCCCCGACAUCAUCAGCGGGCCUCAGCAGACUCAGAAGGUCUUCCUCUACAUCCGCAACCGCACCGUGCCCAAAGAGAAGGACGAGAUGGUGGAGCAGGAGUUCAACCGGCUGCUGGAGGCCACAUCCUACCUCAGCCACCAGCUGGACUUCAACUUCCUCAACAACAAACCUGUGUCGCUGGGGCAGGCCCUGGAGGUGGUCAUACAACUCCAAGAGAAGCACGUCAAAGAUGAGCAGAUCGAGCACUGGAAGAAGAUUGUCAAAACGCAAGAGGAGCUGAGGGACCUUCUGAACAAAGACGAUGACUUUGAGUUCACCGGGAGCCACCUCACGGUUAGGAACGGCUACUCUUGUGUCCCUGUGGCUCUGGCCGAAGGACUGGACAUCAAACUGAACACAGCGGUGCGACAGGUCCGCUACACGGCCUCCGGCUGUGAGGUGAUUGCAGUAAACACCCGCUCCACCACACAGACCUUCAUCUACAAAUGCGACGCCGUCCUGUGCACGCUGCCUCUGGGCGUGCUCAAGCAGCAGCCGUCAGCCGUGCAGUUUGUGCCGCCGCUGCCCGAGUGGAAGACGUCGGCCAUUCAGAGGAUGGGCUUCGGGAACCUCAACAAGCCUUUCUCCAUCCUGCACCACUCCCAAACGUCCCAGAGUCCAUUCUUCUCCACACACAGGACGUUGGAGCAGAGCGGUGCGGCUGCAGGGUGGAUGAAGCAGCUUGUGGAGUUUUACUGCACCGCUGAAAGCCUGCCGCACACCGGCCCCAGGCCCGAGGGGACACCGGAGCCUCUGGAGCCUCAGGAUGGGACGUCCCGGGUCACGGGGUGCACAGACUUCCACAUCUAA